ACCGCAUCGUAUCGCAUCGCAUCGCGAGGAUGGAGACGGCAGCAUUGCUGCGCGCAUAUAGCGCCAAGCCCGAGACCAUUGGCGAGGGGGAGGCGACCUAUGAGUUUGGGGACCAGACCUUGCCCAAGGAAGCGCAAACGCCGUUCAGAAACACGGGUGAUGACCAAUACUACACUGUGCAAACCAUUGUCUUUCUGCUGCAGAAGCUGGACACGAGCCAUCCCCAGUAUGUGCUGGACGGCAAGAACGCGGGCGUGCCGACGGUCGCGCGUGCUGAUCGAAAAGCACUGCUAGACUACUUGCAAGGCAAAAGCGACACUUGUGCUAUCCUCAAGCCUCUGCCGAGUCACCCGGUCCCGACCUCAAAAUCAGGCAGUAGCGCCCCUGGCACUGCCGAGCCGGGACGCUCUGAUACCACAACCACGACCACAGCCACAACUUCCGCCACGGCCCCUGCACAGAGUGGUGAGCCAGCUGCCAAACGCGCUCACACAGAUACAGCGCAACCAGUUUCUACCAGCGGAUCUGGGGAUGCGACAGCUGCUCCAGAUGCGGUGGGUCGAACAGACCCUUUACUGGCCAAGAUUAUGCGCCGCGAACGUGUCUACGACACCCGCUCAAGCGUGCUCCGUUGCCGAGGCGCCUCGUUGGAAAAAGUCCUGCCCAUUCUCACCAAUCUGCGCUCCAAACACCGCGAGGCGCGGGCCGAAGCGACAAAUUCCACCUCGUCGCGUGGCUACGAUCGUUACCAACAGGCUGGUCGUCAAGAAAAUCGGGGUGACUAUGAUGUCAAUCCAUCCAAGUCUUUCCUGCCCGAUCUCGACGGUCGGCGCACCACACAGACCAAGGAGCCCGACGUGCCCAAGGCCCGGAAGAAAACCAAGCGGACGCCGAUCAUCAUCGUUCCUGCCGGCACGCAAUGCUUGCUGACCAUGUACAACAUCAAACGGUUUUUGGAGAAGGGCGAGUUUACAUCGACCGCGGAUCUUUUACGACAAAAUGCCGAGAAGCCCUCCACAGUCAUCAUCCAGCGCAAGAAGCAGAGCGAGACAGUUCCCUACAAGAUUGUGGAUAAUCCCAACAUUCUCACAUCGGAGCAAUGGUUACGUGUGGUUGCGGUAAUUGUACAAGGCCCGGCCUGGCAGUUUAAAUCGUGGCCAGAGACACUCGAUGGUCAUCGACCGGUCGAUAUUUUCAGCAAAUACAAAGGCUUUCAUUUCACGUAUCAGGGCAAGCCAAUUCAUGCAAACAUUCGCGAGUGGGAUGUCGAGGUUUUGACCCUGAAUGAGAACCAACGUCACUUGGACGCCACGGCCAUCAACUCGAGCAAAGACACAAAGGAGGACCACAGAAGACUGCCAUAUGCCGAAGCAUCAAUCUCCUUCUUUUUGUUAUUACUAUUCCUCUCUGUGUUUUUUCAUCUCUCUCUUUCUCUCUCUCUCUCAUUCUCUCUCUCUUUCUCUCUCUCUCGUGAUCUCUCUUGUCUCUUGUCUCUCUCUUCUCUUCUCCUGAUUUGUCCCGCCCAUGGGAAAAAGUGUGACAAGGGUAACUGUGGGAUACCUAGGCCCACAGCGUCAAGAGGAGGAAAGGAGGAGCUCGUGAGCCAGUUGGUUGGUCCCUUGGUUCGCGUGUUUCUCUCCUCAACCUUUACCGAUACAGUUGAGGAGCGCAACACAAUUUUGGCCCAGGCGGUACCAGAGCUCAAAGCGUUCGCCCGCACCAAAGGCAUCGAGUUUGCUGUGGCCACCAUGCGUUGGGGUGUGACCAAGGCGCACGCAGCCAACCACGAGCACGCUCUACUCUGUUUGGCAGAGGUUGACCGUUGCUUGCAAGAGUCUGAGGGCUAUGCUUUUGUCAGUCUCCUGGCAGAGAAGUAUGGCUUUCGGCCCUUCCCAAGCGUCAUUGCCAAAUCUGAGUUUGAUAUCAUCCUCAGCCAUCUGGACGGCAAGACGCUCGAAUUGGCGCAAAACUGGUUUGAGAUUGAUGACAACGCUGUUCCGCCCACGGCUCGCCUGUGCUCCAUCACCUCAAAGCUGCCGGACUAUGGUCGUGAAGAGGCUCCCGAGGCGGCUGCUGAAGCGAGCGCACAGUGGUGGGCUAUAUUCGGUCAACUAGAGCAGGGCUUGCGAGAGGCAGCUCAUAAAGCUCACGCCGAGGGCCGCUUGUCCGAAAAGCGACUGGCUGCCUAUGUUCAAUCGGUGACGGAGGAUGAGACGCGCGCUGCACUGGACCCCCGUGUUACGGAGAAGUACAUGCCUCAGGCAGGGUUAACCAAUGUUCAGCCUUUCUCCGUGAAGGGGUGGGGUCCUGGCAAGGGUCUGGAUGUCAAUCAGGCCCCGCACAGCGAAUACUUGCACUCGUUUCGUGACGCCUUUAUCAACAAGAUGAAAGAAAGCAUCAAUGAAGUGGCCGAGCGGAAGCGCAAGCAUGCCGCAGAUCCGCUGUUUACGGAAACAGCCGGGCACCACGGCUUUUGCCGUGAACGUGUGAGCACGUUUCAGGGCCGACAUGCCCUCAUCGAGACGGCUAGUGCCUACUUUGCUCAAGCAAGCAAUGGCCAACUUAACCCUCUGAUCAUUCACGGCAUCUCCGGCUCUGGCAAGAGUUCCGUGGUUGCCUCUGCAGCGGCAAAGUUUGCGGCGCAAAAGUCCCCGCAACAUACGCUGGUGCUGCGCUUCUUGGGCACCUCGAGCGAGUCAACAACGCUCCUACCUCUUUUGCGCUCCAUCAUCCUCCAAAUCCGUGCGGCCUAUGACGUGCAAGAUGCCAGCGCCAUCGCUCAAGAACCUGCCGAACUGAUUCUGCAGUUCAAGGAGGCACUGCAGCUCGCCAGCCCUGCCGCGCCGUUGGUGCUGGUGCUGGACUCGCUGGAUCAACUUUUGCCCGAUAAUGGCGCUCGUAAGGUACCGGCUUUGAACUCCGAAGAUAUCCAGGCUUUGAUCACGGGUGGGCUCGAAGCUGGCAACCGCACUUUGACCUCCGAGCAGCAUCAGACGCUUCGCUCUGCCAUCGCCAAGUGCCCGACGCCCCUCUAUACAAGGCUCGCGCUGAAUGUGGCCAGUGCAUGGCACUCACAAACGCCACUGGAACAAUGCACAUUGCCUGCUGACGUUCCAGGCAUGAUCGAGUCUUUGUUUGAACAGCUCGAACAAAUCCACGGCACCACAGUGAUUUCCCAUGCCUUGGGCUAUCUCACCCAAGCUUAUCGAGGCUUAUCGGACAACGAGAUGGAGGACAUAUUGAGCUGUGACGAUGACGUGCUGAAUGCCGUCUUUGAGUACUGGUAUCCGCCACAACGACGCUUCCCUCCUCUGCUAUGGACCCGGAUCCGCUCAGCACUUGGACCCUAUCUGGUGACCAAGGGCAGUGGUUCUGGUCAGGUGCUGGGCUGGCACCACCGCCAGUUCUUCGAGGCAGCUGCACGUCGCUACUUGGGUGGAAAGCAGUCUAUCCGUCUGGCGAGUCACUUGGCGGAUUUCUUUUCUGGCCGAUGGUGUGAGGAGGAAAAGCCUUUUUCCUCGACCCCCCUGCAACAGCAACGCUUUCAACUUCCCGUGCAAGGCGCAGCCCUGCGCUAUGUGGCGAACCAGCCAGUGGCCUUUGUGAACCCUGACGACGGCAGCUGUUUGGUCAAACCGAGGCCCACUUCUACCCCUGUUGAGCACAGCUUCCUGCCAAAUAUUCGCAAGCUCGAGGAACUGCCACGCCAACUUAUCGCAGCAGACCGGUUGCCGGAUGUCAUGGAGCAAUGCUUUUUCCAUUUUCCCUUUGUAUACCACAGUGUGGCUGCCUUGGGCAAAUCGGCGCUAUUGACCCUGGUACAAGCCGCCUCUGAUGCUGCAGGGCGCCCGGGCGCCCGGUUGGAAGAACAGCAAAAGACUGCCUUAAGCAAACUGUUGCUGAGCCUGCGCGUCAGUCCGUAUGAUGAGAGAGAAUUGGCUUUUCAACUACUUGGCCGGCUGCGUUUGAGCGCCAACAGCAGCCCAUACAUCAAGAAAUUAUUGGAAGAGGCACGUGCUUUGACAGCUGAGGUCGACGCGCGUGCACGCAUCGUGACCCCUGUCUGUUGCCUGUAUCCGCCGGAUCCCAUGAAAAUCAACGUGCUCACUCAUCCGGGAGGUGUGCACGGCUUUGCUAUGAGCCAUGAUGGCAGUACCUUGAUUACGGGGUGUGACAACCGCACUGUUCAACUGUGGAAUGCCGACAACGGCGAGCGUCUCACUAUCCUCGAGAAUUUCGACUGGAUGGUGCGGGCCGUAGCCUUUUCCCGCGAUGACAAGUAUUUUAUCGCCAUGCCGUGGUCUGGCCGCUACGUUAUAUAUGAGACCAAGGGAUUCAACCAAGUUGCUCGGGGUGAAAUUGGUGAACACUGCCACACCGUGUGGCCAAAUCCGUCAAAUGACACCUUUUUUGCAGGCUCGGACAUGGGCUUUCUUGUUGAGAUUGGCUGUGACGGCAACAUUGUCCGCAGGAGUCCCAUCGUGGCCGACGACCUCGACGAGCAAUGCCGGCUGGAUAUGAGUCGCAACGGAGAACUGUUCCUGCUCAGUGAUCGAAGGAACAAGGUCUGCCUUCUUGAUCAUUCGUGGGAGCGAGUCAUUACCACCUUCGACGGGGCGUUGGGUGCUUUUGCAUACAGCUCGGCGGGCACUGUAGUGGCCUUGAGCGACGGAGACAAAACUGUCUCACUUUGCACCAAAGACCAAGGGCUGCUAUGGGAAACCACGCUGGACGAGCACAUUUGGUGCAUGACGGGCACCAUCGAUCGGGUGGCCGUUGGCACGCUGCGAGGCCAGGCAGUGGUGCUGCAUGCAGAAGGAGGCGAAAUCCUACACAGCAUCAAAGCCCAUACGGACUCAAUCGAAUUUAUCCGCUUGUGGGGCAACCUGCUUUACACCUCGUCAAUGGACAAUGCUGUCCGUGGCUUUGACCUGCAAUUUGCGAAUGAAAAGGCAGACAAGUUCGACAACUGCAAGGCAUUUACAUCUUGCGUUUGCCUAUUGCUCGCUUCACGACCCACAGACAGUGGCCACACAGAGGAGCAUGCCCCAGCCACAUGGAAAAAGUCCAUGCCGGCCAUGAAGCCAAGCACUUUGCCAACAACACAUGAAAUCACCGUGGUAAGUAUAGCGCUCAUGUGCGCGUCCAUGUGCGCCACUCUCUCUGCACUCAUUGGUCUGCCAUCACUUUCUAUUUCCAUUUUUUCCAAUGCAUCAAGCCUGGUGCCCCCACGCUUUUACUUCAAGCUGGCGUUGUGUUUGUUCAACAUGAGCCCGGCAAUGCUCAACCCUUUCCCACGAAAAAAGAAAAGAACCGAGUCUUAUUCUGUCAAUUUCGACGGCAUGCUUGCUUUUACUGUCUACAACGAGGACAGAAAGCCUGACGUGCGAGCUGUCCGUGUGCGCCAAGAGGCGGGCGAGCCAGUUGUGGACUGCCUCUUUGAGGGGUCUGACUUUGAGACUUAUCGCUGGCCCGACGGACGACAGCUGCGUGAUGGCGUACUCAUGGUCGGUGCUUGA